AUGCGCGCCUUACUGAAUAAGACCAACACAGCCAAAGCAGGUAGUGGCGACAGAGAAGGUGGCCUAAGUCGGAAAGCGUGGAACUGGGCGAAGCAAAGUGUUUUGGAUUCAGGGAAGAAUGAAGAAAGCUCGAAGCCACAGGAGGAAAGCGCAUCCGCUCAGACAAUCCGAGUUGGCAAGCACGCUGUAAGAGAUCGCAAAAUGAAGUUCGAAGCGCGAGCACAUCCAUAUGACCAUCAAACUCGGGACGACACCUCGAAAGGCCUCUCUGUCGAAUCUGCUGAUCUACUCGGAAUCGUUCGAAGUGCGACCACCUACGUCACCCGAGAUCUCGGAUUUCAAGGUCAGCUAGGCUCCUACAUCGUUCUCACAUAUGGCGACACCAUGUAUUCCGACAGUAACUACAGCGAUACCUGGCGAGGUAUGACGAGCGAUAGCGCUGCGUUCGCCACUCACGAUCCACUGCUCGUUGUCGACGCUGAUCUCGAUGAGAACGGAUUCCCACGCCAGUUCUGCCCUAUCAACAAGAAACUGGGUGAAGAUGCUGCAGUAUUCUCCCUGGGAAUCACGAACGUAGUCGAGAUCGAACCUGAACACGGUAUCCUGUACUUCCUCCUCAAUCAUCGCCCUGGCGGUAUCAACAACAUCAAAGGAGCCGGUGUCGCCACGAUCAGCCUCGAUACCGAUACUGAGCCUCCCGGAUUGACUGUCAACCGUCUUGGGCAGUACUGGUGGGAUGGCGACACUGAGCCAUGGUACGGGGAUGUCGGAGCUAUUCGCACGAACGGCUACAUCUAUGCCUAUGGUCAUGCUAAGGGCAAUGACUGGGUAUACCUAACUCGUGUCGAUGAUAAGAGAGCCACCGAUCUGUCUGCAUACGAGUACUGGAAUGGCGAGGGCUGGCAAAAAGAGCGUCUGCACACAAGAGAUCUGAGCGAGAAAGAGAGUGUCUUCUGGAAGAUCAACCAGGGUCAGGUCAUCUGGUCGAACUAUCACAAGUGCUAUCUUUUCGUCUACUGCGACAUGUGGUGGAACAGCAAGGUACAAGCUCAGCGCGCUUCUGCACCAGAAGGUCCGUGGUCUGAGCCUUUCGAGUUGUACCAGGGAGUUCCCAUCACGGAGGGCAGUACCUGCUACGCAGCCAUUCCACAUCCUUACUUCGACCACAGUGGAAAGACACUUGUCGUCACAUACACAAAUCACCCCAAUACUAUCCAGGCUGUGAAAGUGACAUUCAGCUAG